AUGGCGGAAGACAAUCUCGAACAACUUGUUCCUGACCUCCUCAAUGCAUCUUGGUCUAGCAAUUCAAUAAUCAGAAUAACAGAUAUUUUUGAAAAACAAAACUCUCAAACAAUCUCAGCAUUUAUUUCCGUAUCGUUAAAGUCUAUACUCGCCAUCGAACAGUGGACAUGGCAAAUGUUAAGUAAAGAUUCAAACUCGUGGAUCAAUAUAGACAGUUGCGCACAAGUCUUUCACAUACUUCAUUCAUUUAAUAUGAAAUUAAUUUCACAUAAUGAUGAAAUUCAGGCUGAUACAAAAAUAUCUCUUUUGAUCCCAUCGAAUAUUACUUGGAUUGAUGGUUUACUUGAACAGAUUGAAUCGAGUAGUGAUACAUUUCUAACACUGGCUGGUUUAUGGAUCGAGACAUUAUCACAUUUAGCUCAUCAACUUCCUGACAUUGUUUUUACACCAACGAUGCAACAUCUCAAUAAUCGAUUGGGUCGCGAUUUCCUAAUGACAAAUCAAUAUAAAUUCUAUUUAAAACAACUUUGUGAAACAAACCUUCUACAAUCUAUAUUUACUGUUAAACAACAGUUUUAUCUUCAAACUUGUUCGUUGUCGUUGAGCGUUCACUUAUGGUCGAAAUCACAAAACUUUCCUUUUACCGGUGAACAGAUUAUUAAAUUUCUCAAUGAAGAUUAUUCGAAAAUGAUUCUUGUACAUAGUCAUACUAUGCAUUCGUGGAGUAGUGAACUACUUUCUUGUGUGGCACGUAUUAUCUGUCUCGUAUGUUCAUCAUGUUGGUGGGGUGGACAUAAACCGCAACAUAUCGAAUUGAUUGUACCAUCUCAAAGCACAAACUAUGAACAUAUGCAUGCGUUCAUUCGUAUUGUUAGUUAUCAACCAUUUCACCAACGUAUUUCUGCUCAUUCAUACAAUGAUGAAACUAUUCUCCUGGAUGCAAGUUUAAUCUUUUUAUUCGGCAUAGUAGAAACGUAUAAUUUAGGUUGUUAUAUAAGUUCAGAAACAAAUUUAACUUCAACACUUUGGUCUAUAGCCCAAACGUCAUCGUACGAUAGAAUUCGUGUUUGUGCUUAUGGAUUUCUCGCUGAAAUUCUUUCUGAUAAACAAUUAAAAGAAUUGAAAAUUACUAAUAAUAUGUGCGAAUUCUUCUUUUGUAUUCUCGAACAAGCGUGGAACCAUCCGACGAAGAAAUGGAAAAAAAUCUCAAUUCCAUAUUUAUUAAAAGGUUUCUUGAGUUUAUCAUCGAACGAUACAAUUCAAACAGCGGCAGUUAAUUUCAAUAAACUACCAUUACUUAUUGAAAUAUGUGAUCAAUAUUCUAUGGGAUACGAUAUUAUCUGGGCUCUUUCAUUCAAUUCAAUUAUUGUUCAACAACUCCAAUCGAAUAAAUCCUUUACAGCUAAAUUAGUGCAAAUUAAAAGUCAAACAAAUGAUCAGAAUCUCUGCACAACUGUAAAUGGUAUCCUUUGGAAUUUGAAUUUAAGUCACGAAGAAAAGUCUGCACAUGAUAGUAGUCAUGAUAAAAAAUUCGAUAUUAUGAUCAGUUAUUCACAUAAAGACAAGGAUAUUUGUAAACAAUUGUAUGAAGAACUCGUCCGAGUUGGCUAUCGCGUAUGGAUCGAUUUCGAUCAAAUGUACGGUAAUUUCGUAGAUGCAAUGGCAGAAGCUAUCGAACAAUCUCGAACCAUCUUAAUAUGCAUGAGUGAACAAUAUAGACGAAGUAAUUAUUGUCGAGCCGAAGCCCAAUAUGCGUUUCAGAAACAAUUAAAUAUGGUACCGAUUCUAUUGCAAAAGCAUUAUAAACCUGACGGAUGGCUUGCAUUUCUCAUUGGUUCAUUAUUGUAUGUUGAUUUUACUAAACAUGAAUAUUCCAAAGCACUCGAUAUGUUGAUGAAGGAACUCAAAAUGGCUGAUGAGCGUAAUAAACUUUCUAAUAAAUCUAUUAAACCAGCAUUAAAUAGUGUGGAACUAUUGGUCGAUUCCUCUAUGUUAAUGCAACGACCAUCAGAAGCAAUAUCAUCGCCGGACAAUGUACAAGAUUGGACAGAGACACAUGUACAUGAAUGGCUUUGUAAAAAUGAUCUUCCGCAGAUGGCUCGUAUUUUAUCGGGGAUGGAUGGUCUGGGUUUAAUCUAUUUUAGCGAACAUAUGCUUCAAAGUGAAUCACAACAAGUUUUAUUGUCACUGCAGCAAGAUUCUCUUCGUCGUGUAAAUGAAAAUGUUUCAUUGAUCGAGAUAUCUCGUUUGCAAAGUUUGUUCGAAAAACAAGAUCUAGCAACGCUGGCACCAAGAAAACAAAUGACGAGGAACACUAAAAAUUCCAAAUCAUCGAGACAUUGUAAUAUAAUUUAG